AAUAAUUUCAUUUAUUUAUUAAAAUUUUUUAAAAAUUGUUUACAAAAAUUUUGUAAAUUGUUUUUUUUUAAAUUUUAUUUCAUUAUUUAAAAAAAUUCUAUCAAAUGUCAAUUACAUUGUCCACGGCAAAUUUCACAAAUAAUCGAAAUGCAGAGUGGCGUUCAAGCCCUCUGCCACCAGUACGUAUUAAUUUUGAACGGGCACGAAGUGUACCUAAUGUACACGAAUACUCCGGGAACGUCUCAUAUAAUGAUGCACGUUCCAUGUCCUAUUCCGAUAUUUAUUCUUAUCAAAGAUCACAAUCAUUUCAAGAUUGUGGAAUAUUUGUCAAUGUCAGUAUACCUGACAUAAUGCAACAAUUCGGAGAUUACUCCGAUUCGGAUUUUUAUGACCGGCUUCAACAACAACAGCCGGUAGUACCACAACAAGAAAGACCCGUACAAUCNAAAAAAAUUGGAAAGGUUAAACAAUUAUCAAAUGGAUCAUAUAAAUUUAGUAAUAGUUUCAAUAAAUAG